ACAAGCUGUUGGGCAGCAGAGAUGGAGCAAAUGUGGCGCUGGUUGUAUCCUUUCCGUGCUGCCCAUUGUCGCCAUGCUGGGGCUGCUCCCUGGGAGGCUUCCCAAGAUGUCUGUUCUGGCUGGGGCCUCCAAGCUGGUCAGUCCUGCUGGCCACGGCUCCCGUGGUGUGGAGACGGUGCACAGCAGGGCUUUUCACUUUCCUCCACAGCUGCACCUCCUCUCUGGUGGCCCAGGCAGGGCCAGCCAGCUGCAGACGCACUGCUGCAUACUGGGAGGAGCCAAACAUCUUAAGUCUUCUGAGAGAGUCACUGAUCGUGGUUUCCCUCAAGAGACUCUUUGGCACAAGCAUGUCCUCUGUGAAAGAGAAUGACCAAAAAGAAGUCUGGGCUCUGCAUUCUGCUUCUUCUGAUCUUCCUAUCUUCUCUCAUUGGUGCUUACGGUGCAAUCUCGUUGGCAAGAGUACUGUGGACAAAGGAUUUCUUGCAGAUGCUGUCGCUGCAGACUGCUCCACGCCUGAUGAACUCCGGGAACUCGCUGACUGAAGAAACCCAGGGGAUUGAAAACCAGAGGAAUGGGGUGUCUUACCUGGCUGAAGAGCGUGGCAUUGCAAUGAAGGAUGCCCAGGACUUGAGAGAGGCCCCGUGUGUGAUGCCUAAGGAAAAGUGCUUCACAAAGUGUGACCGGGCUCUGAAAAGUGCAGGUGUCUCCAUAGACCUGCAGAGAUCAUCCAGGUCUGCAUGGCACUGCAAGGUGGCUUGGUUCCUGUGCACUCAAAACGUGGUGGAGACCUUUGAGCAGCUGGACAUGUCUCCAGGCUACUGCUGGCGUUUGAAAGCAUCUCAGAGCCAGGUGGUCUUCAACUUGCCCACAAAAGUCCAGCCGACUGCAGUCACUGUGCAGCACUCAGUGGAAACAAACCUGUGGCACGUCAGCAGCGCUCCCCGUGAUUUUGCUGUCUUUGGCCUGGAUGAGGAAGGAGAGAAGGAAGCUUUGCUUGGGAAAUUCACCUAUGAUGUCAGGAAAGAGGUGACCCAGACCUUCCAACUGCAGACCGAGACCCCCAGAGCUUUUUGGCAUAUAAAGCUCGUCGUACUCAACAACUGGGGAAAUGCAGGACACACCUGUAUUUAUCGGGUGCAGGUUCAUGGGAAGAGAGCGGGAACAAAUGACAUCGGCCAAGGACAUGUGUAGACGCUGCAGAAAGGCGUUUCUUUUAAAAAUAAAACACAAAAUUAUUCCACAUCA